AAAAAAAAUAAAAAUAUAUAUUUAUUAUUAAACCACGCGCCACCUCCCCUGCUGACCUGCAUUCAGCCCACCCUUGAACGUCUGCCGCCUCAAUCGCAAAAACCAGAACAAUGUCACCAACAAUUGCACAAAUUUGCCUCACCAGUUCACACCCCGAGGUUUACGAGCCAUGUGACGAUUCGUUUUCUCUAGUUGAUGCUCUCCUAGCCGACAGAUCAAAGUUGCUAGAGCAUCGACCUAAUCUCUGCAUGGAAAUAGGUUGUGGCAGUGGCUAUGUAAUAACAUCACUGGCUCUGAUGCUUGGGGGAGAAGAAGAUCGGUGUGGUGGAACCUAUUACAUUGCGACUGAUGUGAAUCCUAAUGCAAUUAUGGUGACCAGUAAAACAAUGGAGGCACAUGGUGUCUAUGCAGAGUUGAUCAACACUGAUAUCGCUUCAGGUUUGGAGAAACGGUUAGCUGGAUUGGUUGAUGUGAUGGUUGUGAACCCGCCCUAUGUUCCCACGCCAGAAGAUGAGGUGGGUAAUGGUGGGAUUGUUGCGUCUUGGGCUGGUGGUGAAAAUGGCAGAACUGUUAUUGAUAAGAUUUUACUUAUUGCUGAUAAACUUCUGUCGCCCAAGGGUUGGUUAUAUAUGGUGACUCUGACUGCUAAUAAUCCAAUGGAAAUCUGUGUUGAUAUGAGCAAGAAAGGUUAUGGUUCGAGGAUUGUUGUUCAAAGAUCGACUGAAGAGGAGAAUCUUCUUGUUAUCAAGUUUUGGCGAGAAAAUGAUGAUGCUGGUGGCUUCGGCGAAAUACAUGAAAAAAGACUUGUGAACAGAACGGGUUCUGGUAAGAUUGUGAAAACUCUCCUCUCUGGUUUGUCGUUCUGGAAACAAAAUGACUAGCAUAGUAUUUCAUGUAAAUUCAUUCCUUUGUGAAACUUACACUUUAACUUGUUUUCUUCUUGGUAUCUUCAAACUUAAGAUGAAUGCUCUAUACUUUUAUGCUAAACAGUUUCUUU